UGAUUUUACAGAUUUUACUAAAUCUGAUGCGCCUGACGCGCCAGUAGAGUGGAGCGGCCUUGACGAUUGACGGCGUGGACGCGUCAGUUUGCACGCCGCCAUUCCGAGCUAGCGGUUGCUUUGUUGGUCGUGUGUGGUGUUUCCCCCGUUUGCACGUUUUUGUGGUGCUUGGCGGUGUUGCGCGCCGUCACCAUGGCGCAAGACGCGAAGAAACGGACUGCCUUGACGUAUGCCACGAAAAUGGAAAUUAUUCGGCGUGUCGAAAGAGGUGAAAAGAAGUCGGCCGUUGCCGAAGCUUUCAAAAUACCACGCAGCACGUUAAGCACGGUCCUGAAGCAGAAGAAGGAAAUUGUGGAGCAAGACGGCGGGAAGCAUGCAAACGCACGGCGUAUUCGACCCGCUGCCUUCGAACACGUCGAAGAAUGUCUGCACAAAUGGUUCGUCGACAUAAGGGCUAGGAAUAUUCCUGUGUCGGGGCCAAUGCUGCAGCAAAAGGCGAGAGACUUCGCAUUCAUCCUCGAUGCCAAAGAUUUUAGUGCCAGUGCGGGGUGGCUACAACGAUUUAAGAAUCGGUACGACAUCGUCGGAAAGGCUGUCAUGGGCGAAAGCGAGUCGGCGAACGCCGCAGCGAUGGACAAGUGGCUGAAAGAAGAGUGGCCUCAAAUUCAUGCCAAAUAUCAACCAAAAGACAUUUUUAACGCGGACGAAACGGGCCUCUUCUGGCAGAUGCUGCCGCGGCAAACUCUGGACACCCGCGGGCAGAAAUGUCACGGCGGCAAGCAAAACAAAGCCCGGAUCACGGUCCUGCUUGCCGCGAACAUGGAUGGUUCGAUGAAGCUUCGUCCAUUUGUGAUCGGCAAGUUCAAGACGCCGAACUGCAUGAGGCGCUGCCGCGACCUCCCAGUCACCUAUGCUUCGAACCGAAAGUCAUGGAUGACGCGUGAGCUGUUUGGAAAAUGGUUGAGGGACUGGGAUACGGAGCUUGGGGAUCAGGGCAGGAAAGUGUGUCUCCUCGUCGACAACUGCUCGGCACACUCUGCAGAUGUUCCAUUGAGCAACAUCGAGCUCAAGUUCCUGCCGCCCAACACCACCUCCAAGCUCCAGCCUCUAGACCAAGGGAUCAUCCGUGCCUUCAAAGCGAUAUACAAGCGAAGGCUCAUCGAGCGGCUGCUCAUUCGUCUUCGAAUGAACGAAGACCUGAAAAUUGACUUGUUGGGCGCCAUACAGAUGCUUAAGGACGCUUGGGAGAGCGUGAAGAAAGAGACGAUCGCCAACUGCUUUCGGCACGCUGGCCUCACCGUUGGCGCAGAGGCAAUUGAAGAGCCCACUGAAGAUGUUGAGGGCUCUGAAGAGGUUCUCGAGCUCGACGAAAUGUGGAGCGAUUUUUCGCGGUUGGUGGGCGACGCAUCGGACACGCUGACACUGGACGACUUUGUUGGCGACGACGACGCGUCCGAUGCGGUUGCCGAACUGACUGACGUGGAAAUCGCUGCGGAGGUGACACGCCAGCAACCGGGAAUUGAAGCCGCAGAAGUUGAAGCUGACGUCUCCGCAAACAUUCCGCCGCCAACUUCUAGCGAGGCUGUGGCUGGUUUGGCUCUGGCGCGGCGCUAUUGCAGCACGAUGGAGGGCACCGGGCUCAAGUUUGUGGAAUGCCUCGACAUGGUAGAACAAAACAUUAUACGGCACGCCAUCAACCAAAAGAAACAAGCUACGCUGCACAGGUUCUUUUCGCCCCAAUAAAUGUAUUUUUGUUCAA